UGCAUGACCCCGACGCCUUAAAGCCCUGCUUAUCCCCUAGAAGGCAUUUUGUUCUUCCCUCUUGGUAGAGGGCGCCAAGGGUUUUGAGGCGCUCGCGUAACGCCGGCGACGAUUCCAUUGCGAAGAGAGGAAAAGAGCUAUGGCGGCCUCGUGUAUUUCGCUCUCGUCUACGGCCAUUGGCGGUGCCGCGGCUCUGGCGGCGCCUCCCAGAGCCAUGGCGCUGUGCAUCGCUGGGGUUUCGGUGCCGUCGAGGCCCCUUUCUCUCUCGCUGGGCGAGACCUUCCAUCUCGGUGCCGUACUAUCCAGGAGAAGACCCCUAGAAUUUGUGGCCAAGUCGUAUGGUGGGUACGGAGCCGAGUCGAUUGACAAGGAGGAUUGGGCACCACCUCCGCCCAAUCUCAGUGACUUGCCCCCGGAGCCAUCGGAGCCAGUGGACAAGGAGUUCGUGGUGCCAGAGCCCGACGAGAGGGACUUUGGGAGCUUUCGCAGCGAGCCAGCGCCCAACACCAAACUUUACGUCGGGAACAUUGCAUGGAACGUCGAUAGCAAGAUGCUGGCAGACUGCUUCAAUGGCGUGGGCAUCACAGAACUGGAAGAAGUCAAUGUGAUGUAUGAUCGGAUGCUUGGAAAGAGUCGCGGUUUUGCCUUCGUCACUCUCUCCACGGAGGAUGCUGCGAAGACUGCCAUCGAGAAACUUGAUGGUCAUGAACUCGAGGGGCGGCCUUUGAGAGUAAACUACCCGCAAGUUCCCCGAGGAGGCGGAGGCUUUGGCGGUGGUUUUGGGACCAGACCGAGCAUCCCAGCGAACCCGGCCAAGUGCUUCGUCGCCAACAUCCCGUGGUCCGUGGACGACCAAGGCCUGCAAGAGUUUUUCAGCUCGCACGGAACGGUGGUAGACUGCCGGAUUCUAACCGAUGCCGAGAGCGGGAGGUCACGGGGGAUUGGGUUCGUCACUUUUGCCACCCCAGACGAGGCCAACAACGCCAUCAGCGCUUUGGAUGGAGCAGAAUUGGGAGGUAGAUCGAUUCGCGUGGCUUUGGCGACUGGAAGGCAAUGAGCGACGAUCACAACCAGCUGACAAUGAAGGAAAGAUGGAAUGGCGCAUUUCCAUGCAAGAGGAAUGGAUCGAGUUUUAGUGAGAAAGUGUCUUAGAGAAAGAGCAUGUCUACAUUGCUAUGAUGGUUUGUAGAUUUUUUUGGGAUCAAAAACAGUCGCAAAUGGUUUUCGGUUA